UACAUAUAUUGCUCUUGUGGGUGAACUCAAGAUGAACCACUGUCUCCAUUCCAUUGCCAUCCCCAUAUGCUAGCUAUUGUUCCCUCCCUAGUCCGAUCAAUAUGGUUGCUGACCUUGGUCAUCUUGCCCGAGCAGCUGCAGCAAUACUUUGUAUGUUGAUUUUUCAUGUAGCACCAUCUGAUUCACAUGCUCAAGCUAGGGUAUCAGUUGGGACUAGGACCUGCAUCAGCAGGGAGCGGGAUGCGCUCCUGUCCUUCAAGGCAGAUCUUCUGGACCCUGCUGGCCGUCUCUCGUCCUGGCAUGGUGAAGAUUGUUGUCAGUGGGAGGGAGUCUGGUGCAACAGCAGAACAAGCCAUGUUGUCAAGCUCGACCUCCGCAACAUGCUUGUCGAUGACAACAACAGCCUGAGCCUGUCAAGCUAUGAGAUGAGCCCCUCUUUGUCUACUUUGCAACAGUUAAGGUAUCUUGAUCUUAGUGGGAAUUACUUCAACGGCACUAGCAUACCUGUGUCCAUGGGCUCCCUAGAGAAUCUAAGGUAUCUCAACCUCUCAUCGUCAUGUUUCGGUGGGAUAAUACCUUCCCAACUCGGCAAUCUCUCAAAUUUGAAAUAUUUAGAUGUUCUUGGGUUCUACGGUGACCUGCAAGCAGUGGAUCUUGCAUGGUUGUCACGUCUAUCACGGUUGACUUAUCUUGACUUGAGCCAAGUGAACCUCCAUGAUGCGCGGGAUUGGGUCCACAUAGUUAACAUGCUUUCUUCUUUGGAAGUGCUUCGCUUAAGAUUUUGUAACCUAAUUGCCAGUAGUACAGUGUCUUCUUCUUCAAAAUCAAACCUCACGCAUCUCCAGGUCCUCGAUCUAUCAGGCAACUUGUUUGACACACCACUAGAACACAACUGGUUUUGGUUUCUCACAAGCCUUAAGGAACUUCACCUCUAUUCUUGCAAAUGGCAUGGAUCUAUUCCCGAAGAGCUGGGAAACAUGACAUCCCUUGAAGUCAUUGAUUUUAGUGAAAAUUAUAUCGUGGGUUUGAUACCAAGCAACUUAGAAAAAUUGUGCAAUUUGCAAGUGCUGCACUUUGAAGAUAACAACAUUCAAGCGAGCAUAGGGGAGUUCAUGGAUCGAUUGCCAAGGUGUACAUGGAAUGCAAUACAAGUAUUGUCAAUGCAUAAUACAAAUAUGAUUGGAAAACUACCAAUCUGGAUUGGGAACAUGACAAGUCUCAUUGCUCUUGAUGCCAGUUAUAACAUGAUAACCGGUACUGUACCACUCGGAGUUGGAGCACUUGGUAACUUGACAAUGUUGGAUCUCAGUUACAAUAAACUCGAUUGUGUGCUCAUCAAGGAACAUUUUUCAGACUUACUGAGUUUAGAGUCUCUGGACUUAUCAUAUAACUCCUUGAAAAUGGAUAUUGAACCAAAUUGGGUUCCUCCGUUUAGAUUAAAGGACCUAAACUUCCAGUUUUGCCCAGUGGGCCCCCAUUUUCCAGAGUGGCUUAGAUGGCAGACUGACAUUGAUUUUCUUUUUCUUGGAAAUACAAAUAUGGAUGAUGUUAUUCCUAAUUGGUUCUGGGUGACAUUUUCCCGUGCUUCAUGGUUGGAUGCAUCAGAAAACAUGUUGCGUGGUUCAUUACCGGCAAAUUUACAACACAUAUCAGCUAAUCGUAUAUAUCUGGGGUCCAAUAAGUUAGCAGGUCUAGUUCCACGGCUCCCGAUAAAUAUAUCACAUCUGAAUCUGUCUUCAAACUCUUUCUCGGGGUCAUUGCCAUCAGAGCUAAAAGCUCCACUACUUCAGGAGUUGUUGCUCGGAAAUAAUCAAAUUACAGGCAGCAUUCCGUCAUCUAUGUGCAAGUUGACUGGCCUGAGACGGUUGGAUCUAUCGGGAAACAAUUUAACAGGAGAUGUUAUGCAGUGCUGGAAGGAGUCAGAUAACAAUUCUUCGGUGUUCACCUUAAACUCUACAGGUCAAUUUGGUUCUAGCAUGUAUAGUCUAGCCUUGAGCUACAACGCUCUAUCAGGUGAAUUCCCCAAAGUUCUUCAGAGUGCCUCACAAUUGAAGUUCCUUGAUCUUUCAUACAAUAGAUUCUUUGGAACAUUGCCAAAGUGGUUACCAGAAAAAAUGCCCCAAUUGCAAAUCUUGAGGAUGAGAUCAAAUAUGUUUAGUGGUAAUAUUCCUGACAAUCUUAGUUGCCUUGAAAGUCUUCAUUAUUUGGACAUAGCCCGUAACAACCUAUCAGGAACCAUACCAUUGUCGCUAUCAGCCUUGAAAGCAAUGACACACAAAGUUUAUACUUCCGCAGAUGACUAUAUUUUUGAGGAGAGCAUACCAGUCAUCACAAAAGGCCAAACACGUGACUAUAACUUUAAAGUCUACAGGCUACUGGUGAAUCUUGAUCUGUCAUGUAACAAUUUAUUAGGACACGUUCCAGAGGAAAUAAGUUUGCUGAUUGAGCUCACCAAUCUGAACUUAUCAAGUAAUCAGUUGAUUGGCAAAAUCCCGAAUCAGAUUGGUGCUUUGAAGCAGUUAGAGUCCCUGGACCUCUCCUAUAAUGAGUUAUCUGGUGAAAUCCCAUCAAGUUUGUCGCGACUAACAUCUCUGAGCCACUUGAACCUGUCAUACAACAACUUAUCAGGCGCGGUACCACUCGGGCAACAGCUGCAGGUUCUCGACAACCUGAACUAUACCUACAUUGGCAACCCCGGUCUAUGUGGCUACCCUCUCUCUAAGAACUGCUCUGCUAGUUCUACUGAUGCAGAGCAAAGUGUCAACCAUGAAGUUACAGAUCAUAUCUCAUAUCUCUACCUUGGUAUGGGCAUAGGAUUUGUGGUCGGCCUUUGGGUGGUGUUUUGCACCAUGUUACUGAGGAGAAGCUGGGCGAUUGCCUACUUUCAGAUCAUUGACAAUCUGUAUGAUGAGCUUUAUGUGCGGGUGGCCAUAGCUUGGGCUCGGCUGAUGAAGAAGAUCCACAAGGACACAGCAUGAGGAGCCUGCUUCAUGUGCAGUUGAACUACUCAAGACCUGUAUGUUAGUACUUUGUAAUUUGGAUAAUAAAUGGUACUUUGGUGUGUGUACUGCUACUACAAUGUAGUACUAGUCCAGGUGCUACCAGCUACUGUGAGGCACUUAGCUCGGUAAAUUACUUAUAAGAUAUCUUAUUCUGUCGAUCGAUUCCACAUUCUAAUCAGUACUGUUCUCUUUUCCUCAAGGAUCAUGUUUAAUGUGAUGCAAUAUUCGAGUAUUAAUGUGUAAUAUGAUCGAUCCAUAU